UACAACAAGCAGCAAAGGAGAUUCAAAUUCAAAGAGAGAAAAAUUCUUUGUAAGGAGACCUCUCCUUUUUCCCGGACUCUGUGCUACGGCAAUAAAGAUGUAUUGUGUGCAAUGGCUCAUACCAGUGCUACUUAUUCCAAAACCAGUAAAUCCAGCACUGCUACAGACGCAUGUGAUGUUUAUGGUCCUCUACUUGAUUGGUUUCUUUCUGGAGCGCAAGCCUUGCACUGUCUGCAGCCUCGUCUUCCUUGCCACUGUUUUCCUGAUUUGUUAUAGUGGUAUUGGCAAUUGCCUUUUUUGGAGUAAUAACUGCGACACUGUUAGAUGUGAUAAUGGCUGAGACUGCGCUUCGUAAUGUUAUCGUUUUUGAGACCACAAGACUUUAUAUUUUAACAAUUUUUGCUAAUUCUUAAUUUUUAAUUGCGAAGAAUGUGUGCCACUAUUGCUGCUUACAGAGUACACUGGAGAACAUGAAGAAAAAUUCCAUUGUAAAUAGGAAUGGUCACAGUGUCGAGUCGGCUGUGCAUAUCCGAUAUUGCAUAUCCAAUUGUAUAUAUAGCCUUAUGUUAUUUCAUUGUUUUUAUUUGUUAAGAUCGCCAUUGUUUUCUUUAUCUAUAAAAGAAAGCAGCUGGUGUGAUGUUGAUUUAACCUAAUCAAAUCAAUUCUAGAAUUAGCUAUGCUUCAACUUAUCAAAAAUAAAAAUUUUUUACUUCUA